GAGGAGGAUGGAAAAGGAAUAUCCACCCAACUUUGUGUUGAAAGCAAAGAGAUAAAGUAAUAAAAAAGGGCCAAACAUAAAGCAUCAAACCUGGGUGGGGUGUGGCUCUACUGUUUUCUCUUACCAUAAUCAUCAAUGGCUUCCUUAUCCCUCUCCUCUCCCCCAUCUCUCUCUUCCGCACACCACAACGCCUCCACGCGCCUUAUUCUACGCACCCCUAACUCCCUUAAACUGCGCACUCCACCCCACUCCCUCCCCGCCAUCCGCGCCAUCACCCUCACCCAGGACGACCUCAAGAGACUCGCCGCCGACAAGGCCGUGGAGUCCGUCAAGAGCGGCAUGGUCCUCGGCCUAGGCACCGGCUCCACUGCUGCCUUCGUCGUCGCCAAGCUUGGCGCCCUUCUCGCCUCCGGCCAACUCUCCGACAUCGUCGGUGUCCCCACCUCCAAACGCACGGAGGAGCAGGCCCGCUCCCUCGGCAUCCCCCUCUCCGUCCUCGACGACAACCCCCGCCUCGAUCUCGCCAUCGACGGCGCCGACGAGGUCGACCCCGACCUCAACCUCGUCAAAGGCCGCGGCGGCGCCCUCCUCCGCGAGAAGAUGGUCGAGGCCGCCUCCGACAAGUUCGUCGUGGUCGUCGACGACACCAAGCUCGUGGACGGCCUCGGCGGAAGCGGGCUGGCCAUGCCGGUGGAGGUGGUCCAGUUCUGCUGGAAGUACAAUCUGGAUCGGCUUCAGGAGCUUUUCAAGGAAGAAGGUGUGGAAGCAAAAUUGAGAUUGGAGGAGAGUGGGAAACCCUACGUCACCGAUAAUUCCAAUUACAUCGUGGAUUUGUACUUCAAGACUCCAAUUAGGGAUGCAUUGGCCGCAGGCGCUGAAAUUUCCGCUCUGGAAGGCGUCGUCGAGCAUGGCUUGUUCCUCAACAUGGCCACUUCUGUCAUCAUCGCUGGCAAAUCUGGCGUUGAAGUCAAGGCCAAGUGAGACUCUGAAGUAAUUCGUUUCUUCUUCUUCUUCUCAUUCUUGUCUCUGUAUUAUUUUUGUUUUCAGUGGAAUAAUAAUAAUUAUUGCGUUAUUUGGAUUUUGCAAUUUCUAUGGUCUA